AUGUCAUCAACUCGCCUCACCACCGACCCGAACCUCGACUCGUGCCCCGACUUCGCGGCAGACUCUUGGGAGGUUAUAAGGCGGGCUCUAGUCUCAGCCUCGCGCACGGAGGAACAAGCAAUAGCUGCACUGCAGGAAGGCUGGGAGAGGGACCACCAGGCGCAACUAGUCGCGUGGGCAGAGCAGACUCGGCUGGAUCAGGAAGCCGAGGAGGCUGCUGCCGCGGCGCGUGCCCAGGAGGAGGCGAGGAAGAAGGCGGAGCAAGAGCUUGCAGAGAAGGAAAAGGAGAGGGGAGACACGAGCAAGGGCAAGAACAAGCUCAGCGACUUCGAUGAAGACGCCCUCGCCCCGGACAGCUUCAUUCCCCUCCCUUCGGCAUACGCACGCAACAAGCUCGACAACCAAGAGUAUGUCGAGCUCUACUACUUCACGAACGAGGGCUGUCAGGAGGCAGCCAACCAGAAGACGACUGCCGACGACGCUUUCGGCCUAUCCCGUGACGCCGACCAGGUUACCCUCCGCCCAGCUUCGGCAGUCCGCGCCUCGAAGAACGCCAUCGCCGACGAGAAUCUCACGUGGACCCAGAUGACGAUCGGCAAGACGGGUUUCCUGAAGGCAGCAAUGGCUGCGGGUUGGCCGGAGAAGCACAUCGCCGCCCUCACCAACUUCUUCUGGUCCAUCGAGAACCAUCCGAUCCUCGAGCGAGAACAUGGCCAGGCGAUCCUCCUGCGGUUUCAAGCUCAGACGCGUCGCUGGUGGCACGAAGACCUUCGGCAUCCGAACGCUACGAAAUGGAACAUUGGCAAGAUCAACGAGAACGCGAUCGAAACUGUAGCGAGGAAGUACUACGCGGAGAAGCAGGACCUCGCCCUUACUAAGGUCAGUAACCCCAUCCAAACCAUGCUGAUGCCGUCGCUGACCAACACUCCUCGCAUUUCGUCAAUGCUCCCAACGCACGCCACCCCCCCCCCCCGCCCCCUCGCCCCAUCAUCACUUCACACCGCGCGCAACGCGACCCUCGCGUUUCGGGCCAACUUUACUCUGCCCGCAUCCCUCCUUGCGUCGCCCCAUCCCCUCAACGCGUUUUUCGUCGGUCGUUCAUCUCUCCAUGCGUCACCAUUCGCCCGCGUCGUUUGCGAUAUUGCGUAUCUACGCGUCGAUACUCCGCGUCUCCCUUCGUCCCGCGUCAUAUCAUAA